GAACGGUAGGAACAGCUUUCAGUGGUUUCUCUUCAACACACACACACACACGAACAUCAGCAGCAGCAGCAGCAGCAGCAGCAGCAGCUCCCAAAGACUUCAUUCCAUCAUCUGCCUUGACACUGCAAUGACAUCACUCCGGCUGUUACCUUUGUUGCACUCCCUCCUUGUCCUCCAAGUCCAUCUUUCCAACCAGUUAGAAGACAACAAGAUCCCUCCUAGUCUGUGCACUGGUCACCCUGGUAUCCCCGGCUCUCCUGGAGCUCAUGGCAGCGCCGGUCAGCCAGGGAGAGACGGGAGGGAUGGGAGGGAUGCUGCUCCAGGGGAGAAAGGACAGAAAGGGGACAGAGGGGACUCAGGUGAGACGGGAGUGCGAGGCCUGAUCGGAGACAGGGGUGAUCCUGGAGCAAAGGGGGAGAGGGGGGAACCAGGAGAAUGUGCAGUGGCUCCCAAAUCAGCCUUCACUGCCAAACUGUCUCAAGGCCUCACUCUGCCCCUCAAUGUGGGCGACGCAGUCCGCUUCGACACCAUCAUGCUCAAUGAACAGGGCGACUACAACAAAGAGACCGGACGCUUCACCUGCAAAGUCCCUGGAGUCUACUACUUUGCCGUCCAUGCCACAGUCUACCGUGCCAGCCUACAGUUUGACCUGAUGAAGAACGGACACGUGGUGGCUUCUUAUUUUCAGUUUUAUGGCAACUGGCCCAAACCUGCAUCUCUGUCAGGCGGUUCCCUGCUUCACCUUGUCCCUGGUGACCAGGUGUGGGUCCAGAUGGCGCUCUCAGAGUACAAUGGAUUUUACUCCAGCACCAAGACUGACAGCACCUUCAGCGGCUUCCUGGUGUACUCAGACUGGAAAAACUCUGCUGUGUUUGCAUGACAAGCGCUUAUGAACAAAACAAACGUCGUAUCCCAUUGAGGGAAAUGAACCACAGCUAUUUGAUUUUCUAAUUGAGAAGUUCUGGAUAGAGACAAGUGAAUCUGCUGCGACGUGCUACAGCUGUAUUUGUGCAAGAAAUAAAAUGACACGCCAGACAAUGUUACUUGAAUAGCACAUAGCGUACUGGUGAAGUGUGAGGUACAUACACUGAGCAGUGCUGUUUAUUCUGUGUCUGUUCCUCACUUGCAGCCUUUAAACUGCUGUGACAGUUAAUUCUUGUAACAGAUGUUGUGACAGUGGCAGCUCCAAGCCGCUAAUUCAAACAGCAUUUAUGCAACUAUUGCACUUUUUCCCUUGUCAGUAACUACACAGCUAACAUACAACAUGAAUAAAUCUUCAGAUUUAUUUUCUAAAAACACACUUGACUGACAUAUUUUUGGCCAUAAAUACACAGUAAUGGUAGAAAGGUAAAGGAAUUAGAUUGACUGUUGACUUAAUUAAAUUUAGUUUAGUUUUAUGUGUAUGUGUAGCACCAAAUCACAUAAGUCAUCCUUAAGGCACUUUACACAGUAAGGUAAAGAUUUUACAAUAGUGUAUUAUACAGAGAGCCCAACGAAUCCAAAUAUCUUGUUUGAGCAACUCUUUGAAAGAAAAAACUCCUUCAACAGUAAGAAGCGUCCAUCAGAGCCAGGCUCAGGGAGGGCCGCCAUCUGCCUCAAUCAGUUGGGGUGAGGGUGACGUAGAAGGAGCAGGAUAACAGAUGGAAACAGACAAACAACAUAUAGGACAACAGUAAACACUGGGGAAGUCAGAAACUGCUGAUCAGAAGUUUGCAGCUCCAGCAGCCACAGAAACCUGCACAGAAGAAGUUGUGUCAUGCACAGUGUGAGGAAUGAAGGAGAGGAGAGAAGCUCAGUGCAUCAUGGGAAGUCCCAUAGCAGUCUAAACCUAUAGCAGCAUGACUCACAGAUGGUUCAGGGUCACCUAGCAGCCCUAAUUCUAAGCUUUGUCAAACUGAAACUUUUAAGCCUGAUCUUUAAAGUAGAGAGGGUGUCUGCCUCCUGAACCCAAACUAGAAGCUGAUUCCUCAGCGGAGGAGCCUGAUAGUUGAAGUUUCUGCCUCUCAUUCUGCUUUUGGAAACUCUGGGAACAACAAUUAAGUCUGAGAGUGAAGGGCUUCAUUGGGAUAUUAUGGUACAAUGAGGCCUUUUAGAAACAAUUAAGCCUGUUGUUACCAGCUUUAUACAUGAGGAGAAGGAUGUUAAAUUCUAUUCUGGCAUUUACAAGGAGCCAAUGAAGAGAAGCUAUUAGCAGCAAUCUGCAGCAUUUUGGAUCAAAUGGAAGUUGUUGGGACAUUCUGAUAAUGAAGAGUUGCAAUCAUCCAGCCUGGAAGUAACAAAUGCAUGGACUAGUUUUUCAGCAUCACUCUGAGAUAGGAUGUUUCUGAUUUUGACAACUCUGCACAGAGGAAAGAAAAUCAUCUUAAAAAUGUGUUUUAUGUUUGAGCUCCAGACCUCCUGAUCAAAAAUAACUCCAAGUAAGUCAAUUUAAGAUCAUUAACUUCAAACCAAGCUGCUGAGUAACUUUCUGAUAACAUGGCCACUUGAGUUCAGUUGAAUGACAAUUUAGGCCUUUCAGUUAUGAAAAAAAAUACCCAUAAAACACCAUAAACAUACACUUCAACUCCUAUUUAAAGAAGAAUACAGAUAAAUUAUUAGAAACAAAAUCUCAGUAAAUUUAAUAAAAGUAAUUAUUUUAAAGUAAAGCCUGUUUAUUUAGAUUGUUAUAUACUACCUUUUUAGACUGUUAUGGAAGAUACAAACAUAUUAGCAUCAAAAUACAGUUGUGCGUAAAGAACCAAAAGUACUUAGCUUGCAUACUGUAUAUUAUAUGAUUGGAUUAUGAUUAAUGAUGCAUUAUUGUGUUCAUCACCUUAAGGCUGGCACUCAUACCACUACUUUAAAUUGUUAAUCUGCUUGUAAUAUUUAAGAUUUUGGUUAAAUAUAUAUUUUGCAAUAAUAAACUAAAUCUGCAAAGCAA